UUGCUCCCUCUCAUCGUCCCUUUUUCUUCAUCAAUGCUAAGUAGACAUUAACACUGCAGCAAUUUAAGAAGAAUCAAGAAUUGCAUAACGUACGAUGAAAGAGAUUAGAGAUGGAUCGCAGGCUAAUCGUAUGUCAAAAUCUGCAUCUUCUGACUCUAAUCCACUAGUUCUUGAUGUAGAUGAUUUCAAGGGAAACUAUUCAUUUGAUGAUUUGUUUGGUAACUUGGUGACUGAGCUAUUGCCUUCUUAUCUGGAAAAAGAAGCAGACUCAUCAGAAAGUCACGGGAACAUCGUUGGAAUUGAUGCACUAUCAAAUGGGAAUUUGCGGUCAAAUGCAGGAAAAUCAGCUCAAGGACUAUCAAGCCCAUUGUUCCCUGAAGUUGAUGCUUUAUUAUCUUUAUUUAAGAAUUCAAGCACCCAAUUGGUUGAUCUCAAAAGGCAGGUUGAUGGUAAACUAAACAAUCUCAAAAAAGAAGUUGCUGUCCAAGACUUGAAGCACCGUAAGACACUUGCUGAGCUGGAAAAAGGUGUAGAUGGAUUGUUUGGUAGCUUUGCACGUCUAGAUUCACGUAUAUCCAGUGUGGGUCAUACUGCAGCCAAAAUAGGAGAUCACUUGCAGAGUGCAGAUACGCAGAGAGAAUCUGCCAGUCAGACGAUAGAGCUCAUAAAGUACUUGAUGGAGUUCAAUAGAAGUCCAGGAGACCUGACAGCACUUUCUCCUUUAUUUACUGAUGAUAACCGCGUUGCUGAAGCUGCUUCAAUUGCACAGAAAUUAAGAUCAUUUGCUGAUGAAGAUGUUGGAAGACAAAAAACAACUGUCUCCUCUGCUGUUGGCAAUGCAACUUCAAGUAAAGGAUUGGAAGUUGCUAUCUCAAACCUUCAAGAGUACUGCAAUGAGUUGGAAAACAGAUUAUUAGCUCGAUUUGAUGCGGCUACACAGAAGCGCGAUUUGACUAGGAUGGGUGAAUAUGCUAAAAUUUUGUCACAGUUUAACAGGGGUACCAGUGCCAUGCAACACUACGUAGGAUUACGUCCAAUGUUUGAUAUUGAGGUGAUGAAUGCGGAUGCCAAAUUGGUUCUUGGUGAUGAGGGUGCCCAACCCAGCCCUAGCAAUGUUGCUAAGGGACUUUCUUCAAUGUUUAAAGAGAUUACAGACACGGUGCGAAAAGAAGCAACCACCAUAGCAGCAGUUUUCCCUUCCCCUAAGGAUGUAAUGUCGAUAUUAGUUCAGCGUGUCUUGGAGGAUCGUGUUCCAAAACUUCUAGAGAAGCUCUUACAGAAACCAUCUCUUGUUAACCCACCUUCCAUGGAAGAAGGUGGACUUGUAUUAUAUCUCAGAUUGCUGGCCGUUGCAUAUGAGAAGACACAAGAGUUUUCUAAGGACUUACGAAGUGUAGGAUGUGGUGACUUGGAUGUUGAAGGUUUGACUGAGUCUUUGUUUCUACCACACAAAGACAUAUACGUGGAGUGCGAGCAAGCCUCUCUUAAGCAACUUUACAAAGCUAAGAUGGACGAACUACGUAGUGAAAGCCAGCUGUCCUCAGAGUCGUCUGGGACAAUUGGACGCUCAAAAGGUGCUUCAAUGGCACUUUCUAACCCGGAAAUUUCUGUAGCUGUGGUGACAGAGUUUGUUCGCUGGAACGAAGAAGCAACAUCCAGAUGCAGUUUGUUUUCAUUACAGCAAAAUACACUUUGGAUAAUCGUAUCACAUGUGCUAGUAUGUGCAUCUCAGCUGGACACUGGAUACCAAAAAACAGAAGUGUCGGAUGUUGUUUCCUAUAUCCUGCUACACUUGCUGCUAGUGUUAAAGUUGUUUUCACAUGCCUUUUGGACCAGGUAAGUUCAUCAUCUUUGUUUACAUUUAGAGUUUGCUCCUGUUGAUGCCAUCUUAUAGCUUUCAUCAUGUUAUUGGAGAGUUGAAUAAUUGAAUUAGAAUUUCAUAGAAGGUGAAGGGGAGCCUUGGCGUAGUUGGUAAGGUUGCUGCCAUGUGACCAGGAGGUCAUGGGUUCGAGCCGUGGAAACAGCCUCUUGUAAAAAUGCAGUGUAAGGCUGUAUACAAUAGACCCUUGUGGUCCGGCCUUUCCCCGGACCCGGCACAUAGCGGGAGCUUAGUGCACCGGGUUGACCUUAGAAUUUCAUAGAGAGUAAAUUAUAUAUCUGAUAGUGUUUUUUUUAGGCUGCUAGUGGCUCCAGUUGUGUCCUUAAUAUUUCAUUAGGGUUGUAGGUUAGGUUGUAGAAAGCUAGUCUGGAAGUGUUUUGUCU